CACGGUCGCGAACGGGUGUUUUUUGCUGUGUGAGCCGUCGGACAUUUCCCUUUCUCAUCUCUCAUUUGGUGUAGUAGAAAAAUUGAAUUUUGCAUCGCCGUACUAGACUCCAUCUUUUCAAUCCUUUUGAACAUAGGAAAAUAUUCAACGCAGAUUCCUGGAUAAAUUAAAAAGAAGUGACGAGUGGCAAUGAAUAGUUUGAAUCUGUGAUCGGUUAUGAAAGUCUGCAGCAAGUGCGUGGAAUGUGAAAAAUGAAUGAAGAAGCUAAAAAAGUUCGCACUGAGUGAAGUCGGGAGAAAACCCUUCCCAGAGGAAAAAUCCGAUCGGAAUAGAGGCUGGCGAAGGAGAGACAUGGAGUGAUUUAUUCGUGUGGCUAUUGAAUCUACAAUUGUAUUUUAGAUUCACUUUUCAUAGCGAGUAUUAUGUACGUGUGUGUAUUUUAACGAUAGUGAUAUUUUGCUGUCUCACAUCUCGCAAUUCGAGAUAUAAUUUUAUUUCUCGAUCGUGUGUAAAAGCAAUCCAUUGAGUACUUCGUUAAAGUUCACGCUGACGUUGUGUGUUUUUCUAGCGGUACCGUGUGUGGUUGUAUAUUAAUAAUACGAAUAUGUUUCUUGCACAAUAAGACAAGCGGAUUUAUGAAUAAUUUCUGCCGAAAGGACUCAGCUUUGGAUAUCUCUGAAAAGUUUACGUUUUGAACAGCUGAAUAAUUAACUGAAAGCUGAACUUGUGUAUGUGUGUUAAAAGAAUGCACAUUCAAUGAUGGUUGAAGGUUGGUCAAUCGAGCAGAAGGAGCGAUUGCCUGCAAGGUGUUAUGAACUGCUAAUCACUACCGCUAGAAACGCUGGACUACUGCUUUAGCACCAUGCAAACAAUGUAUGUAAAUAACUGUGACAUCUUGCUAAUGGGAUUCAACCAUGUUAGCAAUAGUAGUAGUCCCAGACUGAUUUUAGCAGCCGCAUCAUCCUUUAGUAGCUUCAAGGCGUGUGUGAAUAAUACCACUGGUUUUAAACAGUCGCCACAACAGAGGCAACACCACUAACGAUGCAAAUUGUGUUGGUAGUAGAAUCGACUAUGAGUGCAAGUGUAAAAAUUAAAAGGAAAAUUGGAAUAAUAUGAAAAUUGUUGAAUUCAAGCCAAAAUAUAGUUUAGUGCAUUUGAGAAGAAAGAAACGAAGAAAGUGCAGCGCACAUGUGUGGAUACGGGAUGAAGCAGUGGUCCCGACGGUAGUGAGCACUUCUGUGAAAAUUUGUUUUUCAUUGUCGUCAAAAUAGGACAGCACAAGAUUAAACAGAAAAGCAAAGUUCUCAGUGGGCAAACAGCCGGCGAUAUUUUUCAAAUAAUUUGGGAUAUAUAUGAGAUCAGAAGCCGAGACUAAACAUGACUGAACCAAAGGGCGUCCUUGCAGGACUGAAUCUAUCCAGCUUAUCAGUGAUCCCAGCAUCGAAUCGGCUGCGCGAGCUUGAAUCGCUUAUUAUCGAUAAUGUCACUUCAAACAACAACCUAAAUAGUGCCGGUUUGUCAUCGGAAAAGUUCCUCUCCAUCGAAACUCUACUCGACUGUCUGCUGGUGCUUUACGAUGAGUGCUGCAACUCAUCCCUAAGGCGAGAAAAAACAGUCUCUGAUUUCAUCGAGUUGAUGAAGUCGGUGGUGCAAUGCAUCAAACAGCUGCGUUUGUCGCGAGAGGACUUCGAAGUACUGAAGGUUAUCGGCCGCGGCGCCUUUGGUGAAGUAUGCGUCGUACGAAUGAAUAAAACUAGUCAAAUCUAUGCAAUGAAAAUUUUGAAUAAAUGGGAAAUGCUGAAGCGAGCCGAAACUGCGUGCUUUCGUGAGGAACGUGAUGUAUUGGUGUUUGGUGAUCGAAGAUGGAUAACCAACCUACACUAUGCUUUCCAGGACGAUAUCAAUUUGUAUCUCGUAAUGGAUUAUUAUUGCGGCGGAGAUCUGCUGACAUUACUAAGUAAAUUCGAAGAUCGUCUUCCAGAGGACAUGGCACGGUUUUACAUUACCGAAAUGGUUCUCGCUAUUAACAGCAUUCACGAACUUAAAUACGUCCACCGAGAUAUAAAACCGGAUAAUAUUGUGUUGGAUGCGAGUGGUCACGUCAGAUUGGCUGAUUUUGGCUCCUGUCUGAAACUAGGGCCUCAGGGCACAGUGCAGUCGAAUGUUGCUGUUGGUACACCGGAUUAUAUUUCCCCUGAAAUUUUGCGGGCGAUGGAAGAUGGCCAGGGGAAAUAUGGACCUGAAUGUGACUGGUGGUCACUGGGGGUUUGUAUGUAUGAAAUGUUAUUUGGGGAAACUCCAUUCUACGCCGAAAGUUUGGUGGAAACUUACGGUAAAAUCAUGAAUCAUAAAAAUUGUUUUGAUUUUCCGAAUGAUGAUGAAGAAUAUCAAGUUGGUGAGCAUGCGAAAGAUUUAAUUAAAAGGUUAAUUUGUGCGCCUGAAUACCGGCUGGGUCAAAAUGGAAUCGAUGAUUUCAAAACGCAUCCAUGGUUCGAAGGAAUCGACUGGGAUACGAUACGAAACGGUCAAGCGCCGUAUAUACCAGAGGUUUCUAGUCCAACCGAUACGUCUAAUUUCGAUGUAGAUGAUACGGACAUUAAGUUGUCUGAUGCGGUGCCUCCAACAACGAAUCCUGCCUUCUCAGGACAUCAUUUGCCUUUUAUUGGAUUCACGUUUACCAAGGAGAGUAGCAUAUCGGAUGUGGGGAAACUGUCACGUGCCAUUAGCAAUUUAACUAAUAGUCAAUUACAACAACAGCUUGCUCCGCUAACGUUAGAUGGCAAUCAGCAGCAAGGGAAUGGAAUGUUCAAACAUGGCUCUGAAGAGAAACGUCUCAGUCCUGACAGCACCCGAAAACUGCAGGAUGAAAUCAACAUACUAACAAAGCGGAACUGUGAGUUGGAAAGUCAAAUUAAAAGCUUUGAGCGACAAGAAUUUGCGGUUCGAAGCAGCAGUAAUGCUGUUUCCGGUGAUGCAGUCGAUGGCCAGCUAGAUGCUAAGCUGAAAGAAUAUGAAAAAAAUAUUCGACAGCUGCGGCAGGAAAAGGAUGACCUCCAAAAAGAGCAUGCAGAUGCAAUCGAAAGACUGAAACUACAAGAUAAGGAACUGAAGGAUGCUCUCAGUCAGCGAAAAUUAGCGAUGGCCGAAUAUACCGAGGUAACCGAUAAAUUGUCGGAUUUGAGGCAACAAAAGCAGAAGUUGUCACGUCAGGUACGCGAUAAGGAAGAGGAAGUAGAAGUUGGUAUGCAGAAAGUGGAUACACUUCGGAGCGAACUUCGCAAGAUGGAUAAAACAAGACGUGAACUGGAAGCAAGACUACAAGAUGUGCUGUCAGAAGUUACCAGGGAGCGGCAGCUAAGAGAACGAUCUGAAGACUACUGUCGCCAGCUGCAAGCCGAAGCAAGAAGCAGAAGUUCUUCUGAUUUGGGUUCUUCGAAUUCACUAGGAAUCUCAUCCUCCGAUUCUAUCCGACUGGAAAUCGACCGGUUAGAAGUGGAGUACAGUGAAAAAAUAAACCUGCAGCAGUCACGAUAUAAUACGGAAAUCUCUGCUCUUCGGGAUCAGUUGAAUGAAGCCGAAAAUCAUCGGGAAAUGCUACAGAUUGAGCUGCAACAAGCUCGCGACAAGCUGGAUUCUUCGCGCCUGGAAUCUAUGACCGAUUCUGAAGAAACAAUAUUGGAAUUGCGUAAGCGACAUGAUCGUGAAAAGAAGAUUCUUUUGGAUGAUAACCGCAAAAUGAUCUCUGAUCUGGAGAUUCUCAGUGAACAGAACCGACGUUUGCAGAAUGAGAGACUGCAAAUGGAAAGCGAUUAUGAGGAAUUAAGGAAUAAACGCCAAGCGUUUAGUCAAUGGGAAAGGCAAAUUUCUGAGAUCAUUCAAUGGGUGUCGGACGAAAAAGAUGCUCGUGGUUAUCUACAGGCACUAGCUACUAAGAUGACUGAGGAACUGGAGUUCUUAAAGCAUUCUGGUUCAUUGAAUCACAAUGCUAGCGAUAAAAAUUGGCGCAAUCGACGGUCACAGAAACUAGAUAAGAUGGAAUUACUUAACUUGCAGAGUUCACUGCAAAAUGAGAUCCAAGCAAAGGCUCUUAUAUCAGAAGAACUGACGCGAACUAGAACGGAUUUGGUUUCUGCUCAGAAGGAUUUGCGUGAGACUCGCCAAAUUUGCGAAUCCAUUGGUAGCGAACUGAAACGGAAAGACAGUCAAAUAAAGGAAUUGCAACAGCGGCUGGAAUCAAACGAAGGCUUCUUGGAGAGACCUUCUUCGCAAAUGUCCUAUUUGGAUCAUUUCCUGAAGGAAUCAGGCGGGGGAUCCAGCUCCACGACGCACACCAAUUCAACACUAGCAGUGAAUAUGCCGUCCCAACAGAACAGUCAGCACGUAACCUCAACUAGUUCUUCAUCUAACAAUCUUACCAAUACCCCAAUGAACCAACACAAUCAGAGUUUAUCCUCAUUACACCAGCAGCUGCAGCAUCAACAGGCACACCAGCAACAGCAGCAUUUACAACAGCAACAGCAAUCGCACACCUAUAGUAACCAACAGCAAAUACAUCAGAUGCAUCACUCCAAUUAUUCGAUGGAAAGCGAAGAAGGUGACGUUGAAGACAACAGAGGCCAUUCGCUGUCUAGUUCAAAGAGUAAUCUUAGUGAUCAUUCGUUGAGCAUGCACAGCGUUAUGAUGACCAAGCAAAAGGUGCACCAAUUCCUGGUGCGAACGUUUUCUAGUCCUACAAAGUGUAACCACUGCACCUCACUAAUGGUUGGUUUGACACGACAGGGUGUGGUGUGUGAACUGUGUGGUUUCGCUUGCCACAUGAUCUGCUGCCAGAAGGUGCCCACACAAUGCCCGGUACCCUCCGACCAAACCAAACGACCCCUAGGUAUCGACCCGACACGAGGUAUUGGGACGGCCUACGAGGGCUAUGUAAAGGUACCUAAGCUUGGCGCAGUCAAACGUGGUUGGGUGCGACAAUUUGUUGUUGUUUGUGAUUUUAAAUUGUUUCUGUACGACAUCACCGCCGAUCGUAGUGCGUUACCAAGUGUUCAUGUUACUCAGGUAUUAGAUAUGCGAGAUCCAGAAUUUGGUGUCUCCGGAGUUCGCGAAAGUGAUGUUAUUCACGCAGCUAAAAAAGACGUUCCUUGUAUCUUUAGGAUAACAACCUCCCUAUUGGACGGUGGUACUUCGCUUCAAACUUUAAUGCUUGCGGACACCGAGUCGGAAAAGGCGAAAUGGGUGGUAGCGUUAAGCGAAUUGCAUCGAAUACUAAAACGAAACAAUUUACCUAAUACUGCGAUAUUCCGUGUGAAGGAGGUACUGGAUAGUUCCUUGUCAGCCAUUAGAAGUGCGCUGAGCGCGUUGAUUAUCGACCCAGACCGUAUUCUGCUAGGAACGGAAGAUGGUUUAUUCUGUCUGGACUUGGAUCGCAGCGAAAUUGCUCGAAUAGGAGAAAGUAAAAAAGUAUAUCAGCUGUGGUACAUUGCUGAGGAGCAACUGUUGGUGAUUUUAUGCGGUAAACAACGCCAUCUGCGGCUGUUGCCAAUUCGUGCGUUGGAAGCAACAGACGUCGAGUGGAUAAAGGUAGCUGAAUCAAAGAAUUGCAUUACCGCCUGCACAGGAAUUAUUGAACGUGGACCGCAACCAGUUUAUUGUAUCGUGAUUGCGUUGAAACGACAGAACACUUCGCAGAUAGUGGUGUACGUCGUUAAUCGAAACCGCAGUCGGCACCAUAAAAUGUGCGAAUUUACAGUGGCCUAUCCAGUGCAGAGUCUUCAGGUUCUCUCCGACUUACGUUUGGCAGUAGGCCAUCAGAGUGGUUUUACAGCGUACUGUCUGCAAGGAGAGGCUCAAGCAAUGCCCCUUGUACAUCCGGAAAACCAGCUGAAUAACUUUUUGGCAUAUUCAGGUGUUGAUGCAUGGCGAGUAAUCGAAUUACAAUCAGGUCAAGGCUCGAACGCACAUGGGGAAUAUCUACUAGUGUUCCAAACUCUAGCCAUCUAUGUCGAUCUGCAAGGUCGCAAGUCUCGUGAUCGGGAGAUUAUGUACCCAGCAGUACCUACUCAUAUUACGUAUUGUGAUGGUCAUUUGCUAGUCUACUCGGAAACGCAUCUUGAUAUAUUCAACGCGCAAACUGCUGAUUGGGUCCAGUCCAUUGGGCUCAAACGAUCCCGUCCACUGAUGAACAAUGGCAGUCUUUCGUUGACGAUGCUAAACGAUACGGCACACGUUAUUUACCUAGCAAAUAUGCACACAAGAGAACUUCUCAGCCUGACGCCAUGUGACAGAGAUGGUCGUCUCAAGUCGAAACGGUUCUCAUUACGUAAUGAAGGCAAUCGUACCAUAAGAACAAGCACCGAUAGACGUUCGAAAUUGAUUUCCGCUCCAACCAAUUUCAAUCACAUUUCACAUAUGGGUCCUGGAGAUGGAAUUCAGAAGCAACGGCUUCUGGACCUUCCUACCACAAUCGAAACUGCUGAUCAAGGCAACCAACAUCGAGUAUCCACUAUGCGGCACGCCCCACCACCUCCCAGGGCGCCACCUCGUCCUAUGAUACAUCCUCACAAUGGUUCGAAUAAUUCGUUCCCAGGUGCUAAGCGAACCGCUCCGGCUCGGCCGCGCGAUCAGCCACCUUCGUUACCACGAUCCCCUAGUCCUUUGGGUAGCAUGUCCUCGUUGCAAGAUGUACUCAAGGUUGCCGAUAUGCAGUCAGAAUCACGACAAAGCGUUGCUAGUAACAAUUCUAGCUCUGUUUCAACACCACCUUCACCAACCAAUGAUCGGUUGAGUUCCAGUUAUGAUUCUUAAUGGCGAGAGAUAUUUCUUUUACAUGAGCUCUACUAAACCGUUAAUAAUUUCUUGAAAUUUGGAAUAAAACGUCUCCGCUUUUGUGUCAAAGUGAUUUUUUAAAUUUGUUCAGUGAUCAUCGUUUUUAUCAUGCGUAGCAGUAAUUCAAAUAUUGCAUUUCCAAAAAAAAAAAAAAAACUCGCAAAUACUCGUGGUCAUAUUUUGUAUUAUAUUUUAACUUGUAUUGUAAUCUUUUAUGUUUCUCAGAAUGUAACACACCUAUUGAAAUUUUAAAUCAAAAUAAGCUCUAUGAAAACAAAUCUGAUCUCUUUAAGUCUAGCAAACUUUAAAUCUAAAAAUGUAUGUCUCGGAAACCAGUUGUUUCCAAUAGGGUUGUGUUUCUAUGAACAAACGCAAUCACCAGUGAGUCUGUCUCUUGUUCGCAAUAAUAGUUUACAUUGAAAUUCUGCCCAUUUACACAAUAUCAUCAGCGAGUUAGGAUACUAAUUGUAGACAGAAGUAAAAAUCGUUGUGCAAUAUUCUAUGCAAGUAGAAUGAAUACGUAUCGCAAUACCGGAAAAAUAACUGAACUAGUACCUCUUGGUAAAAUUAUUUCAACAUUUCACAUUCGUAGAAUAGAAAUAAUCUUUGCUAGAAAUUUCCUGUCAUCAUAACAGCAAAUUUUAACCAAACCUUAAAUCACCAUAAUCAAAUUAGGAAACAUAUAACAACGAGUUCGUGAAUACUUAAACACCGAAGCCGAUGUCUUGAUUCCAGUUUUCUAUAACUUGUGCAGUUCAAUCAGAAUCUCGUAGUAAUAUUGUUGAAGCAGUAGUAUCUACUAUUUGCAACUCCAUCUCUACCUUCCCCCACAUCAGAAAUGUUUGUGUUGCCCAAUUAAAGUUACUCGUAUAAGUUUAACGCAAGCCUAGUUAUUCACUUUAUUUAUGAAAGCUCAGACAGCGUAACAAUGUGCUUUCCAAUAACGAUAGUACUAUUCCAGUACUUCUCAGCAUGACGUUUACAUCUGAACAAAAAGCGAAAUUUACGACACAAAGUCAAUAACUAUAACAAGGAAAGAAUCAAAUUCACUAUUACCUAAUGCAUACACACAAAACUAUUGAGAUAAGAAACUUUUAAACUUAAGCAGUCAUUACUCAUAUUUCUGCUUGACCGAGCAGACAUCGCGUGGAGCGACAGGUCGAAUCGUUGAACGUGGAGAUAAAACUGAAGACAAUAUUUAGUAUUUCCAGUACAGGUUUACUGUAUUUGUUAAUAUUAUAUACAGAGUAGAAAGCAAGAGCGUAUAAGACAAAAACUCUCAAAUCGCUGACAACUAAUUUAAAGCGUGUACAUUACCAGCACUCUACAUGUUGAGUAUCAGUUGUAAAGAAAUCGUACGCCAUUUACCAUUGUAAAAAAAAAAAAAUAAAAUUAACUCACAAAUUUGUUGAAGCCAAGUCCACUUAAUCCGUAACUUAUUUGACCCACCAUACCUUACGUAAUAACGUAGUACAGAGCUUUUUAUUCAUUACGUUAAUCAAUAUAAAUAGAACAACUCUAUUUAUUUGUAAACCUAAUAUGUAUAUGUAUUGCAUCAGUUUAGUUAACCGUAUAUGACACGUAGGUGUAUCGUUCACUCGGUUUUAAAAUGUAACGUUUCUUCUUUUGUUUUGACUAUUCUUCUGUUUCUCUACAUAAAAAUGCUGUUUUAUCAGUAUAAUGUUGAAGGAAUAUUACAAUAAACAAACGACGCAUAUAAAACGGAAACUUUUCAACUAGUGAUUGGGAUACGAAAAUGUAAAAGAAUUGCAUAAACUAUGCAUCAACUGAAACGGCAACAUCGGAAACAUACUAUGUCUAAGUUUGCAGUAUAUAUGUAGUAUAUACCGAAGCUCUAGUGUUUUAUAAAAUUAUAUUAAUUGUAAAAUUACCACAACAUAUAUUAAUAUUAUACAAGUACUAAAACGAAA